AUGCAACGUCUCCAACGGUUCGUCCUUGCGAGCUUGUCGAUCUCUAGUGUCUUUGCUUUGUCGGUGCAAGGUCCAACUGCCCCUCUACAAAUUGUCAACAAGCAAUUGGCCCCCGAUGGCUUCCAGCGCGACACCGUGCUCGCGAAUGGUGAAUACCCAGGGCCUCUGAUCAAGGCUAACAAGGGCGACCAUUUCCAAAUCAACGUGACCAACUCACUCACCGAUACCAAUAUGGACACGGCUACCUCUAUCCACUGGCACGGCUUAUUUCAACACGGUACUAAUUGGGCCGAUGGACCCUCCUUCGUUAAUCAGUGUCCCAUUGUACCCGGAAACUCGUUUGUGUAUAGCUUUGAUGCACCGGGGCAGGCUGGGACGUGGUGGUACCACUCUCACCUCUCUGCCCAGUACUGCGACGGCCUGAGAGGCCCCCUUGUCAUCUAUGAUCCGAACGAUCCGCACGCCGGUCUCUAUGAUGUGGACGAUGAAAACACUGUGAUCACACUUGGGGACUGGUAUCAUUAUCUAUCAACUAACCCUCCUGCGAGUGGUCCACCAGCCCCAAGUUCCAUUUUGAUCAACGGUCUGGGUCGCUAUAUCUCGGGUCCAGCCGAUGAGACUGCACCAUUGGCUGUUGUUGGCGUGGAACAGGGUAAACGCUAUCGCUUCCGGCUUGUGUCUAUCUCUUGCGACUCUGGUGUCGAUUUUUCGAUUGAUCAACAUAAUCUAACCAUCAUCGAGGCUGAUGGCAGCAAUACCGAGCCGUUAGUCGUUGACUCAGUGACAAUUCUCGCAGGUCAACGCUACUCUGUUGUUGUUACCGCUGAUCAGGCUGUCGACAACUAUUGGAUUCGCGCGCAGCCCGGGACAACCAAUAUUCAAGGAUUCGACAACGGGCGUAACUCUGCCAUCCUUCGUUACAGCGGUGCCGCUGCUUCAGACCCUACUACAGCACUUACCACCUCUACGUCUCCUAUGGUAGAGACAAACCUCCAUGCUCUUGAAAAUCCCUCCGCUCCUGGUAAUCCCACCCCAGGAGGUGCCGAUAUCAACUAUACUCUUGAUGUUGCCUUCGUCAAUGGACUAUUCGAGAUCAAUGGAACAAGCUUUACGCCCCCCACUGUCCCCGUUCUACUUCAAAUUCUCAGCGGAGCAAAGUCGGCUUCUGAUCUUCUCCCCAAGGGGAGCAUAUACGCCCUCGAGCCCAACAAGUCUGUGGAGCUCCUGAUCCCUGGUGGUGUUCUUGGUGGCCCGCAUCCCAUUCAUUUACAUGGUCACUCGUUCUCGGUCGUGCGCAGUGCCGGGAGUACUUCCUACAACUUUGACAACCCCGUCCGCCGUGACGUCGUCAGUAUCGGAACGGAAAGCACUGACCAGACGACCAUCCGCUUUUUCACUGAUAAUCCAGGACCCUGGUUCAUCCAUUGCCACAUUGACUGGCAUCUCACUGCUGGAUUUGCCGCUGUCAUGGCCGAGGAUGUCGCAGAGACGCCGCUUAUCGAUCCAACGCCUGACUCUUGGAAUGCUCUCUGUCCCGCCUACAAUGCUGCGAGCCCUAAGGUCAAGGUAGCAACGGCUCCCAAGAAGCUGAAGUCCCCUUGA